AUGGCGAAGGAUUCCAUCGAAGAAACAAAGCAGACCCUGGUGCAGCGCUUUCGGGCUUGGGGUGAAAACUCGUUCCCGCCGACCCUUCUGGCCUCUCUCAUCUUCGCGCAACAUGCUCGACCCUUCCAAUUCUUCCCAAUGAUGUUCCCACCCAUUCUGCUGUUUACUAGCUAUGCGAAUCUACAAGGAUUCAAGACCGAGACCGCCGGUAUCAGUGCUGCGUGGUCGGGCUUGUAUCUGCUCCUGGCGGGCCGGCGGCGACAGCCGCUGAUGAAGAAAUUCGGAGCUCGCGGCAUCGUGCGCGGCGCGACAAUGGGUCUCUGCUUGGUCAACAUGAUUGGAGGAGGACUAGCAUAUACCCUGGGAAAGCGCGAAGAGGAGGAAAGCAAGCAGGACAAGUCGUAA